GCCGCCGCCAGCCGAGGAUCGCUCGCGCCCUUUCAGUUCAGUUAGCCCUCUCUGCAUCACAAGUAGUGUGCUUGGUCGCUCUUUAAAAUCUCCCUCAGUCACCCUCGCUCGACGAGACGGGCACGGAAUCCGCCGCCGCUCCUUGCAACGUUUCAUUUAGCGACAGCCGAGAAUGGCGCAAAAAGUGUAAAACAGCCUUCAGGCAUCUGCUGAGCGGCAGAGAGUAAGGUCGUCUCUUCUCUUUCUUUUCCCCGUAUCUGUCGGGUGGCGAAAAAAAGCAACGGCUUGGCGAAAGGACUUGAUAAUGUGUGGUCAAAAGGAGAUGGCGAGACGGCACCGACAACAGCUCCUCCUUUCGCUGCCGCUGCUGCUGCUCUUCUUAUUCUGCUCAGAAUGCAGAGGGCUUCGAUUGAUGCAGUUGUCAAUUCCACCGUACGCCAGCUUGGGAAUGCCCGUGGCGAUGGGUUGCACCUUCGACACGGAGGAUGCGAACCUGUACUCGGUCAAGUGGUACAAGGACAACGCCGAGUUCUGCCGCUACAUGCCCAGCCAGCACCCAUCCAGUCUGCUUUUCCCAGUGCCCGGCAUCAUAAUGGACGAAAGUGGAUGCCAAAUGGCCAGCGUGCAGCUGCGAGAGGCAACCCUUGAGACGACGGGGACUUAUCUGUGCGAGGUUUCGACGGAAAAGCCCAAUUUCGAGACCAAAGUUCGGCUGGCCAAUUUGACCGUGAGAGCCCUGCCGUCCGAGUCGCCGCACAUCAGCAACAUGCACAGCUCGUACGCGCCAGGCGAAUGGGUCCUGGCCACGUGCACCGCCGCAAAGUCACUGCCCGCCGCUGAACUCCAGUGGAUGCUCAAUGGACAGCCAGUCGACUCUCUGUGGGUGACCACCUCUGUGCUUCGUGCCAACGGUCAUUCCGGUGACGACGACGAGGACAUCCUCAUGGACAGCAGCUACUACGGCCUGGACGACCGGAGAAACCCCGUCGCUCAUCUUUUGCCCCGCGAAGAUGAGCCGCACUUGGAAGCGACCAAGAGCAUAAUCAGAUUCCAGGCUCGUCCCGAGUAUUUUACUGGGCCCAAAAGGGAAUUUUCAUUGAGGUGCAUGGCUUCCAUUCAUGAGCAUGUUUGGCGUGCCGAGCGAAGACCCACUUUGGCUGGUCUGGGUGGCAAUCAGCGACUUGCAAGGCACGAAGAGCCUCACAAUGCUGCUUCAGGUCGUGCCGCGUCUCCUAUGCUUCUAUUGCUGCUUCUGCGAAUAAUUUUGGACUGCACCCGUGCCUCGUGAUUCGCUAACGUCGGCCCUUUGCUGUGAAUGUGAGCCCUCUCAUUGAACGAACUGGUUAAAAAAAGAGUUGUGCGGACCUGAAGCGAUUUGAUGAAAGUGGUGAUCAAGGGCCACGGAUAUAGCGCAAGUACACAGUGGUGCUGAUGAAAGAGGAAGUGUUGUGCAUUAAAUUUGUUACGAAUAUAUAUCAAAAGUGGUGAAAAUGAGGGACAAUGAAUUAAAUUAAUGUUUUAUAUUUCUUCCCCCCCUUUCAUUGUUUUUUCGCGUUCAAGUGUCAAAUUACACAAAGCAGCAAUUUUUAAGAAAGAAAUGUGUUGUCGCUGUCGCUUUUCUCUAAAAAGUAUAAUAUAAAUGUCACUCAAACCCGUUCUGUAUGUCAAAUUUAAAACACUUUUCACCCUGCUGCUAAAACACAAAACAUGCCCCAAAAUUGUUGAUCAAUCGAGGAUAAGUAUUUAAUUUUUCUUCCUUAUCUUUUAACAUUGUACAAGUAUGCGUUCUUGCGUUCCUGGUUGAAAGUUUUAUUCUAAAUAUAAUCUCAUGCCAUACUUUAUUUCUUAAGCAGAAUGUUAUUUCUUCAAUUCUUAAUGCAUCCUAACGUCGCAAAAACAUAUGUGGAGUUAAAACAAAUAACUGAAAAUGAUAAUUGAUGAAAUUGAUAACAAAUUACGAUUUAAAAAAGGAAAGAAUCAUUCGGCCAACCAUCAUUUGAUAUAACUGUGUCCCAUUGCACUAAAAUGUUUAAAUGAACCCAUGCUUGUUUAUAAUUUGCUGUUAAUUAAAAGCAGAUCAAAUAUACUGAUGUGCAUAAAUAAAUAUCUUAC